GUGCACUAAAAGUACUAAGAAUAUGGCUUGCAAUAGUUCUAGCGAGAAGCUGAAAAAAGAACUGUUUGAGCACAUAAGGAAGGGAGAAUGGAAUCAAGUUGUGGAAGUGCAUGAGAGAGAUCGAGAAGCUUUCACGACGAGGAUCGCCAGCUACACCGGCGACACGGCGUUUCUCCUGGCGAUCUCCGAAGGGAAAGAAGGAAUUGUGGAAAAACUGGUGGCACUGAUCAACAACUGGGACAAGAUUACUCCUUCUAAAGCAAAAGAAAUAGUGGGAUUCCAGAAUGAGAAAGGCCGAACAUCUCUCCACGCGGCCGCAGGCACCGGGAGCAAGACUCUGUGCGAACUCAUCGCCCGGGUCGACCCCUCGCUGGUCGUUGCUCGUGACUAUAAGGGAGAGUCACCUGUCUUUAGGGCGGUUCGCUACGGCCGGAUGCAGGUUUUCCUUUUCUUGCACGACCUAGCGCUUGCCCAUCGUGCCCAUCGUGCUGAUCGUGCUCACACCAGCUUAUCAAGCAUAAGAUAUUGCUGGAAUGAUGAUGAUCAAACCAUCCUUCACAAUGCAAUUAUCAGGGAAAACUUUGAUUUGGCAUUUCAAAUAAUUCACUUGUACAAAGAGCUUGUUAACCUUGUUGAUAAAGAUGGGGAGUCUCCUCUCCAUUGCUUGGCAAGGAAACCUGCUGCCUUUGAAAGUGGUAGCAGCCUCCGUGGACGGAACAGAAUCAUCUACGACUGUUUAUCCAUAGAAAAUCUCGAGACUAAAGUACAAGAAAAAUCGCAUCCAAAAUUGGGACUCGAAGUUAAGAGGAAUCCAAGUAUUCCUCCAGGAAACAAGCAGACCUUUCGCCAUUUCAUUCGAUUCUUGUGGACGAAUGCUGUUCUAGCUGGUGCCGCAGGAUCUCAUCGUGGUAAAAAAGAAAGUGAAAAUGUCGAUAUAGAGAGCCACCAUGGACAUAAAACCGAUCAGACAGGCCGAAAUACUUCUCAGGAGAAUCCAUCCGUCUCGCAGAAAAGUUACUUCAUCGAGCAUGUAUCGAGGGCAAUACCGGUCAUUCUAGGAUACGGAGAUAUGAGUGUGAUAAAGAAGAUAAAGCAAGAGAAAGAGAAGCAUGUAUGGGCGAGUCGGGUCUUGGAUGCACUCCUAGAAGUUGCCACUCUCUAUGAUGGCAAAAAAGCUCUUAGAGUCAGUGAACUAAAUGAGAAACAGAUGUCUGAAAAAAUUCCAGGUGAAGAUUCAAACGAUCAAGAUUCAAAGGAAAAGGUUGAAGAAGAUAUCUCCCAGCAGCCAAUGGGAAGUACUAGUAAUAUUCCCGCUGAGACUACAAAGAAGAAAGAAGAACCUGAGAAGGAAACAGCCAUAUUACUUGCCGCGAAAUACGGUGUCGCGGAAAUAAUAGAGAAAAUCCUUGACCAUUUUCCAAUGGCCAUCUACGACAAGGACAAGGACAGCAAGAAUAUAGUGCUAAUAGUAUUGGAGAAUAGGCAUUUAAAAGUACUUAAGUUCUUGCUAGACAAGUACCGCGAUUGCGAUCACAUCGCGUAUCAAAAAGUGGAUGAAGAAGGAAACACUGCAUUGCACUAUGCCGCAAUGUAUGAUGAAAAAAGUGUGAGGUCGUGGCCUGUUCCCGGUGCUGCGCUGCAAAUGCAAUGGGAGAUCAAAUGGCAUGAGUUUGUGGAGGAGGUCAUGCCACCACGUCUUUCAAGAACCAAUAAGGAAGGCCAGACUCCAAAAGAAUUGUUCUCCCACACCCAUAAGGGCCUCGUCAAAAACGGUGGUGAUUGGCUAAUGAGCACAGCGACGUCCUGCUCCGUCGUGGCCACCCUUAUCGCCACCGUCGCUUUUGCCAGCUCCACCACCGCUCCCGGCGGCACUGAGAGCGACGGGAAGCAUAAAGUCAAAAGAAAUCUGACGUUUGAACUGUUUGCCAUCUCGUCUUUGGUUUCCCUCUGUUUCUCAGUCACUUCCCUGGUCAUGUUUCUCGCCAUUCUUACGUCGCGCCACCAAGAGAAGGAUUUCAGCAAAGAACUGCCGAGGAAGAUAUUAUUCGGGUUGACAUCGCUUUUCCUGUCUAUAGCCUCAGUUCUCGUUACUUUUUGCGCCGGUCACUUUCUCAUCUUCAAAGACAAUUUCAAGUACGCUGUUUUUCCUGUCUAUGCUGUGACGCUCUUACCGUUAUGCCUUUUUGCUGUCGCGCAGUUUCCGUUGUAUUUUGAUCUUCUGCUGGCUACCUUUUGGAAUCCAUUUAAUCAUGAUUGAUUGCUACAAAAUAGAAAUUUCAAGCCAAGUCUUUUGCGUUACGCUAUUGUAGUAUUCCAUAUUUUGGUCUGCAUUGGUGUUUAAAUCUUCAUACAUUGUGUGCUUGAUAUUGUAUUAAUUAAGAUGUUAUGUUAAUCGUAUUUGGUGUGUGA